GAAAAUUAACUUUAUAGACCCAAAAGGUCACAGCGUUGCUACCCAGCCAUCAGCGAGAGAUACCACCUGACCUCCUGAGCUUUGCUGCUCUUGAAGACCCUCGUAUAAGAGUUCCGAUCUGCAACAUCCGGUCCUAGGGUUUCUCUAAUACAUCACAAAUCAGGAGCAAAAAUGGCGAUGGCUGCGCUGAGACGAGAGGGGAGGCGUUUCGCCCCCCUGAUCUCUCCCCAACCAAUCACCGCCGCUCGAUCCUCUGUCAUCUCAGGGGAGCAGGCACCUCUGGGAGUGCGCUCAAUUUCAACCCAAAUUGUCAGAAACCGGAUGAAAAGUGUGAAGAAUAUCCAGAAAAUUACGAAAGCAAUGAAAAUGGUUGCAGCCUCAAAGCUGAGAGCAAUUCAAGUUAGAGCUGAAAACUCACGUGGCCUGUGGCAGCCAUUUACCGCUCUUCUUGGAGACACUCCCAGUGUUGAUGUGAAGAAGAAUGUUAUUAUUACCAUUUCUUCAGACAAAGGUCUCUGUGGUGGAAUCAACUCUACAUCAGUCAAGACAAGCAAAGCUAUCUACAAGUUGACUUCUGGUCCUGACAAAGAAUCAAAAUAUGUUGUUUUGGGAGAAAAGGCAAAGGCCCAAUUGAUACGUGACUCAAAGAAGGACAUUGCGUUAUCCAUAGCUGAAUUGCAGAAGAAUCCUUUGAAUUACACCCAGGUCUCUGUUCUGGCAGAUGACAUUUUAAAGAAUGUGGAGUUUGAUGCUCUGAGGAUUGUCUUCAAUAAGUUCCAAUCGGUUGUCUCAUUUCUUCCAACUGUGGCAACCAUAUUAUCUCCUGAGGUUGUGGAGAGAGAGGCUGAAUCUGGGGGAAUGCUUGGUGACCUAGACUCUUAUGAGAUUGAAGGGGGUGAAACGAAGUCAGAAAUACUCCAGAAUCUGGCAGAGUUCCAAUUUUCUUGUGUCAUGUUCAAUGCGGUCUUGGAGAAUGCUUGCAGUGAGCAAGGAGCAAGAAUGUCUGCCAUGGAUAGCUCAAGCAGAAAUGCUGGAGACAUGCUUGAUCGUCUCACCCUUACUUAUAACAGAACUCGUCAAGCAUCCAUCACCACUGAAUUGAUUGAGAUUAUUUCUGGAGCAUCGGCACUUGAGGGCUAAUUGCAGAAAACCAACUUUUUAGUUGGUCAGACGGUGACGAAAUAAUAUUCAAAUGGAGGUUUUCCUUGAACUUUAUGGUGCUACCUUCAAGAGAGUUUGUUUUUGGUUAAGCUACUCUAAUAAUUACCCAGUGUCAAAUCUUCUUACUGGGAAUUAAAAAUCUUUUUUGGAAUGUUUUUAAUUGAUUUAUGAUUCUUUCCUUUUCA